AUGAAAGUUGCCAAUACAAACAACUUAUCACCAUACAUGAAUGCAAAUACAAGCUUCCAGAACAGAGAAUUUUUGUGGUCUGAUUAUUAUAAUUACGCAGUUACAUUGGCAAACAAAGGCAGGGACCUAAAGUAUGAGAAUGUUCCAGAUGCCAUCUCAGCUAUUGAUCUGUCAAGCAACAAGUUUGAAGGAGAAAUUCCCGAAGCCAUUGGUAAUUUGAUGCGGAUUCUUAUGCUUAACCUUUCAAAUAACAAUCUCACUGGUCAUAUUCCAUCUUCUUUGGGGAAAAUUUCGAACCUUGAAUCUUCGGAUCUUUCUCAAAAUAAACUCUUGGGAAAAAUCCCUUCGCAACUAGUCAAACUUAACUUCCUAGUAAUCUUCAACGUGUCUUAUAACAAUGUUGAAGGGCCAAUUCCUGGAGGAGCGCAGUUCAAUACAUUUAAUAAUGAUUCGUAUGAGGGAAAUUCAAGAUUGUGUGGCUACCCUUUGUCAGAAAAAUGUGGAAAUCAUGAGGUUUCGCCACCAACUCCUUUGGUCGUGGAAGAAGAUGAAGGAAUUUGGAGUGUGCUCAAGUUCGGAUGGAAAGUUGUUUUGACAGGAUAUGGAGCUGGGCUGGUUAUUGGAAUGUCUUUUGGGUGCAACUUCAACGCAAGGAAACACGAGUGGUUCAGGAAACUUUUCGUUCUAAUUGGUACGGAUCCUUGA